AUGCGCGACGCGACUCCGGACCUGCCGGGGCUUCACCACUGCGACCAGUCGAGCGCGGACUCGGGGAGUGCGGGCGCGCGCGGUAGUGCCGCUUCCGGUGCGGACUCCGCCAGCGGCGCCGGCUCCGGCGGCGCAAGCGCGGGGAGCGAGAGGGAGGCGGCUCUGACGUCGCUAUCCAUGUCAGCGGGAGCUGCUGCCGCAAAAGCAGCGGCGGCGGCGGCGGCGGCGGCGGCGGCGGCGGCGGCGGCUCCUGCUGUUCCUGCUCCUGUGCAGCGUCGAAUCGCGCCUCCCAUUACGUACUUGCAUCUCUACGAAUGCGCGGACUUCUCGGAAUUACCCACUCUCUUACUGCUAGGACCGUCCUCUCCGCCCCGUCGUCUCCCUCAUCUCCCUCACCUCCUCUCCUCACCUCCGUCUUAUCCGUGUGUGCUGCAUGCUCCUCGUGCAUCCCCCGUCCACGUGUGUGCGCAGAUAGGAAUUUUCUGCAUCCCCGCGUCGGCGUGCAUCCCGCUGCACAACCACCCGGGCAUGACGGUGCUCUCCAAGCUGCUCUACGGCCGCAUGCACAUGCGCUCCUUCGACUGGGCCUUCCCCUCCGCGUCUCCCGCUGCUGCUGCCACGCAACGUAAGACCACUGCUGCUCCUGCUGCUGCUGCUGCGUUUUUUUUGAAAGCUCUUACAAUGUACUGCUAA